UGAAUCUUUUAUCAAAGCGUAUCAAAAUUUUGUGUGUGUAGCAGAAAGGAAGGCGGUGCUAGGCGCUUCUGGAAUAGGCUUCAAGAUCAAUUUUUUUUUUAAUAAAAUAUAGUUGUCUGUGUCUGAGAUUAACUACCCCCGUUCUCUCUCAUAACCACCCCACCGCCAACUGCCUUUAAACGACACAUCAGAAAUUUACACGGAAAAGGUAUUUGUAUAAAAAAGAUAGGAAUGACGCGGCGUCGACGUCCACGUUGCAAGGUAAAUCCCUCGAUAGCGCUGAGGAAAAAGAAUCAGGAGAGUUCUUCCAGUAGUCCAAAGGUGGAGCCGCCACGCCCACCGCCCCUGCCGGAUCCGCCCAGUGAAGAGCCGCCGGAAAGUGCCUCCACCUCGAGCGGAGAUGCCGUAGUCGACUCGGACUACAAACUCUUCCCGGAACUCUACGAUCGCCAGCCGCCGCUGCCCACGUUUGCCGAUGUUUUCGGCCAACCGUCUUACGAAUUGGCGGUCAAGGGAUCGGAUCCAGCCACUUCUUCUUCCACGUCGAAAGCGGCGGGAAUCCGGAGUACAGCCGAUGGAAAAUUUACCAAUAUUCCGCCCACCAUGCUGGGCGAUCGGUUUGGCAUCGUCGGACUUUUAGCCGCCAUGCGUACGACGCACACAGAUCCAGGGGCCACGCAGCUGGUCUUUGGCGAGGAUCUGACCACCUAUGGACUGGAUCUAGCCGCCCAGGGAGACAUCUAUGUGCACUUCAAUGGACCCCUUACCCUCGAGCCGCCCGAGAGGAGCUCGAUGGACUGCGCCCUCGAGCUGGGGAUGCGCGCCAUGCGGGAUGCGAUGGACAGGUGUCCGCUAAAGGCUCCAAGUUGCGAUCCAUUCGAUCCGGAUACUCGACAUCUGGGUCUUAUCAGUGGUUUGGGCCAGUCUGGGACCCAGAAAUCAGACCCGAUAACGAGCUCGGAUCCACAGCCAACCACUGAUGAAGCAAGUGCUUCAAAAACGGAUCGAGAAAGAAGCCAGGAAAGCUAACACAAUCAAGAUCGGCGCCAAGGUUAAAAACAUAGACACAGCCAGCAUAGGAUAGCAGCUUGGCAGUUGGAUAGGUCUUUGAAAACUUGGUAAAAUUGUUGAUCUUCGUGAAUUGGUGGCCCUUCCAUAAAUGAACUUGUUCGGCUGUAAAUAUAUAGAAUCGGCUUAGGAG